CCUGUCUCCGUCAUGAUGCCUCGUCAGCCAUCCCCCGGUCCCGCAUACGCUGCACCCUAUCCCGCUCACAACCCUUCAAUGUCGGCUAACUAUGAACGCAAACAGAAGCAACGGAGCAUCAUGGGCAUAACUGCUGGCGCGGAGGACGUCAAGUAUCAGGCCAAGUAUAGGGAGUUGAAAAAGAAAGUCAAAGAAAUCGAAUCGGACAACGAUCGGCUGUAUUUCAAGCUUCUUCUCGCGAAGAAGAAUAUUCGUCGGAUGAAUCUAGAGCGAGCCAUUCUCUACGAGCGACUCGCAGCCGUGCCCCCCACUCCGGGCAGAAACACUCAAGAAUUGCCUGCGGAACAAGAUCCCAUAUUCCACUCACAGCCUCCGGCGCCGCAUGAGCAUGCCAGGGUGAUAGAUCCCAAUGACCGCGAGCUGUCUGAAUGGAUUCGCAACCACCCGACGGCCCGAAUCAUCCAGGGACCGGAUGGCAGAGUCGUCGCGAUCGAAGAUACGCCAGCUUCUGUGGAUGCGCGGGGCAUACCCAUACCUUCGGGCCCUCCGCCACCUCAUGGGAUCCCUCUAGUCCCUGGUUUUCGUCAUGACUCGGGCCCUGGACACGAUCCGUCCCGACCUCUACCUCCGCCGCCUCCUAUGAUCCCACUUCUCCAGCAUUCACAAGAUCCCACCCCAGAACUCUCUGUGACAAACGACCACCACGUGAACCAGUACACGUAUCCACAGUCUCGACCGCCGCCGCCGCAGAACGCUCAUUCACACAGUAACUCUUCUCAUCACUCCCGUUCGUCCUCGGCUCGCCCAGAUCUCGAUCCUGCUGGAGGAGGAAACUCUCGCGUAGAUGCACAAGGCGCCCCAUACGCUCCUCAUACCCGCAGCCCGAAUAUGCCAACGGAACCGCAUCCAGAACACAGAAGAAGUCGUCAUGAGCCACACGAGCAUUCGCAUGGACACCAAUUGCCGCAUCCACAUGUCGAUAUCCCCCCGUCAAACCUGCCCGGGUCGCCGCCCAUGGUCUCGCCGACCACUCACCACCGCGGUUCUAGCCGGAUUCACAAUCACCAGCGUAUGGGACCGGGCGCGAACAUUCAUCGCGAGAGGGACCCUGAGCGAGAUUGGGAGCUGCAGCAGCAGCUUGAGUACAACCGCCAGCUUGAACGCGAGCGCGAGGCACAGCGCGAGGUCGAGUUACGCCACCGCCUAGCGCUGGAAGAGCAGGAGGAGGAGGCGCUUUGGGCUGAGGAAGAGGCUCGUGCCCGCGCCCUGUCCCGCUCUGGUUCUCCGGGUUCCACUGCUCGGGCGGGGGGAAGUCGGGAUGCUUCGCUCCCAGCGGUGGCUCAAGCGUACGAUCACGAUCGUGCCCCGCAUAGGACUCAUCCUGCCCCGCAUGUGUCGAACCUGCUCGGGAUCGAGCGUGACCCGGGCUUCAAAGACGACGAACGUAGUGUUUCUCGCGAUAGGCUUCCGGCCGCUGAAGUCGCUAGGACUUCUUCCUUGGAGUCACGGAAGCGCUCUCGCGAUGAAAUGGAGGUUGACGACCGCUACGACUCAGAAGGCCGACCUGCCAAUGAAGGUGGGCCGUCUUCCCGCGGCUCUGUGAACCUAGGCGGCAAUAGGGGCGGCAAGCGGGCUCACUCUGAGGAAGACGGCGAUGCCGGGCACCCUGCAUCUGGGAAGGGAGAUGCUUUGUCUGAUGAGAGGAUGGAAGACGAAUAGGCUCGUGGGACAAAAGGAGUAUGCACACUACUCCAAGUUGUCUUGUGGUACGGCAUAAUUUUGACGGGUUGCUGGUGUCAGUUUGUCUGCUGUAGGCUCAUGGUGGUGCCCGUCCCAGGUCCUGUGAAAAAGACACGUCAUAUCUCUAUAUCGCUGCUUGUCUGUCAACUUCAUGCACACUAUGUAUCGCCCCUCGCUGUGCCGGUCGUUGUAUGUACACCCGCUCGCCGAAUAACAAUUAUACCC